AAUUUAUUUUAGAAACAAGAACCUAGAGACGACGGGGAAUACGGCUACGUUGGAAAGUCCGACAAAAGCUGUUUCACGUCACCUCUGACCCCUCCCGGACUUAACACGCCGUACAGUUUUCCAACCCCGCAGUCCGACUACCCGGCAUCGACGUCUCCGCAGAACUUCAAGAACAUGCCUUCUCAAGAAUCUCCUCCGGCGGCGGGUCCCGAGUCGAAAUCUCCCCGGCUCACGCCUCCCGGGUCGAUACCCUCGCCGUGCCAGGAACAGGCCGAGAAGAACGACAUCCAGGACGGAGGAUCUCAGAGCUCCAACUCGGAAAACGAGUACUUUGAGAACGGCGAUUCUCUCAGGCGGCUGCAAAUGGCCUUGCAGAGGACGGGCAUGAUGCCCGAGGAAAAGUUGCAAUGUCCUAUGUGCGAGUUUUUCUGCAAUAUAAGGUCUCAGUUCAACGAACACUUGGUAUCUCACGAGACGAAGUGUAACAUGUGCGAUUUUAACGGUGAAACGGCGGACAAGUUGAGAGAGCACAUGAAAUCGGUCCACGACUGCGACGACGAAAAUAUGUGGAUCGACGACGAGCCGGGACUGAAUACGCCGAAGGUGAACAGCCAGGGAAAAGUGAAAACGUUCAGAUGUAAGCAGUGUGACUUUUCGGCCGUGACAAAGCUAGAAUUUUGGGAGCAUUCCAGGUCUCACAUCAAACAAGAGAGGAUCCUUAAUUGCCCCAAAUGUCCGUUUGUCACCGAGUACAAGCACCACCUGGAAUACCACCUCAGAAAUCAUUUUGGCUCUAAACCGUUCAAGUGCGACAAGUGUUCUUACUCAUGCGUCAACAAAUCAAUGCUAAACUCGCAUCUGAAGAGUCACAGCAACGUCUACCAGUUCCGUUGCGCGGAUUGCACGUACGCGACAAAGUACUGCCACAGCCUCAAGCUCCACUUGAGAAAGUACAACCACAACCCGGCGAUGGUCCUCAACCCGGACGGCUCGCCGAACCCCCUUCCUAUCGUGGACGUUUACGGUACAAAGCGCGGCCCGAAACAAAAACCGAAAAUAUCUCCGGAAAAAUCAGCCCCUCCGCAGCAACAGCAAGUCUCCAUGCCCAUGUUCAAUCCGUACAGCCUUCUGCCGACUCAAAUGCCCUAUUACAACCUGCUCAACGGUCUCACGCCGUUUCCUUUCUCCCAAGAGAUGAAAGUCGAGGAGAAAAACAACAACGUCGAAAAAGAGAUCACGGAAGAGACAAAAGACGAGAUUAAAACUCCACUGGAUUUGACCUGUUCCGACAGGGGCGAGACAGACAAACAUUCCACGACACAAGUGGAGACGCCGGUGCUGAAGAACAGGCGAAAAGGAAAGGCGUUCAAACUGGAACGGAUACCUCUUCUCCUCCAGUCGCAGAGCGAUGAAGAACCUGAACAGAUCGUCACGAAGCCCGACCUCUACCCUGAAGAGUGCAAAUCACCCGAAGUAAAAUCUUGCGAAGCUGACAGCGAACAGCCGAAGACGGACAAAGCGGAAAAAACGGACGAGUACAACUGCUCUUUCUGCGACAUCUCCUUCAAAGACAUCGUCAUGUACACCAUGCACAUGGGCUACCACGGCUACCAAGACCCGUUCACCUGCAACAUGUGCGGGCAGCAGACUUCGGACAAAGUCUCAUUUUUCUUACAUAUCGCAAGAACAUCUCAUUUGUAAAUUCUACAUCUCUUUUCAAAAGUUUUUUAAAAAUUAAUUUUAAGUUACCCAACGUUUCUAUCCAAAGACAGUCUACUAUUACUUUAUGUUUAUAGUAUAACAUCCGUGUAAAUACGUUUCUCUUUUCUUAUAUAAUUGAUAGAAAAUUGUUAAUAUUAAGGAGACCCAUGCUAGUCAGACACUAUAAUUUUCUGUUUAUACCUGUUUUCAACAUGUCGUCUCUACGGCAACUAUUUUUGAAACAGAAACAUUUUUCGUUAUUUAUUUAAGUGCAAUUGUAUGUUUUGUUUUAUUUCAAUUAUAUCGACAUGAUUUCGGAAGAUUACGGGUGUUUUGUAUAAAGUAAAAGACAGCUAUAAGUUCAAUUAGAUAAGCUGCGUUUA